UUUAAGAAUGGCUGAUAAACCUAUGGAAGAUCCAGUAACAGCCAAAUUAAAAGAAAUAUAUAAAAGACACUUCCAAGAAGUACGUGGGAAGUCGUGUGAUUUGGAAAGAUCUCUACCAUUACGAGAACCUUUCUAUUGUUUAAAGAGAGUACCACGCUUUGAUGUCCGUACAGACCUCCAUACAACCACAGAUCCAGCUUAUGUCCCCCUGGCCAGGACUGACAGUGUGUCAAUAGAUGACCUGACGUGGAAAUUACCAGCUUCGUGUCGAAAGUUACUAAUUGAAGGAGAUGACGGUACUGGCAAAACCAUGAUGUGUUUCCGGUUACUACAUGAUUGGUACGAAAUGAGACGGAAAUACCCGAUGAUGCCCGAACAUGUCGUAUACGUAAAUUGUUCCCAGUCUUUUGAUGGUCUGACCUAUAACUCCAAUCAAUAUAAAGAACAAGGACUUUUUGAAAUCAUUUCACAGAGUGUGUUUUCACAGAUAAUAAACUUUACCACGGAUGUGAGUGUCACCUUUGAUGAUAUACAGUGUUGGCUACUCACCAACGCUAACAAGGUGGCGCUGAUCAUAGAUAACGUCUGCCUAACGUCGCCACUGUUUUAUCAUGCUUGUCACUUAGUCAAGGACAGACAACUCGUAUUUGCUCGACUUUUGGUAUUCACUAAACCCGGGCUACUAACAAAGGAUCAACAUAUUUGUGACCUACACUUCGUAUACGAGGUCCAUGGAUUUGAAAAUGGUUCGAUGCUGGUAGGAUUCACAACUUUGAAUAAACUACAGUAUUUAACGGGUAUGGUAGUUCGAGCAACCAGCAUUGACGACACCGACCAAUUUGUGAGAUUCAUUUGUGGAAUAUUUGAAAACCAUCGUUCUU